AUGGAACCACAGACAGUAGAAACGCAACCGAAAAAACCGAAACCAUUCUCCAUAGACUCGAUAAUCGGUAACAAUCGGAAAUCGCCGGAAAUCGACAUCGAAAACCAAUCAGAUUCUAGAAAUUCAGAGGAAGACGAGGAAGAAAUGAAUAGAAUGAGAUAUUAUUUCAAUUCGCCGUUUAUACAGAACGGUGUGUCGAUACCUUUUUUGUUAGGGUAUGGGGAGCCUUGGCUGUCUAGGGUCUUAGCGCCUGUGCCUGAGAGGGAGAGAGAGGAGAAAACGGAGAGUCCCGUUAGUGUGGGGAGUGAAGAGAGCGACGGGGGAGAGGAUAAUACGCAAGGAAACGACUCCGAGCCCGACCAAGAGGACUCAACAGACCGUCGCGAGAGCAAAGCGAGGCGCCGGCGCACGGCCUUCACAUCCGAACAGCUGUUGGAGUUAGAGCGAGAGUUCCACGCCAAGAAGUACCUGAGUCUGACAGAGAGGUCGCAGAUCGCUGCGGCGCUCAAACUUAGUGAAGUACAGGUCAAAAUAUGGUUCCAAAACCGUCGCGCGAAAUGGAAACGCGUGAAAGCCGGCCUCGCCUCCGGCAGUCACUCCGGCAAAACCUCGGGCACCAAGAUAGUCGUCCCCAUCCCCGUGCACGUCAACCGCUUUGCCGUGCGAACACAACACCAUCAGAUGGAAAAACAACAGUUCCGACUAGACAGGAACCAACCUUGCAGCCUUUUACAGUCCCAAACCUCAGCGUUCUCGAAAAACGACACGUUUUUAAAAGAAUCGAAUCCAUUUUUGAAAGAAUCGAGUUUACCGAGUCCGUUUUUGAAAAACGAAUCGGUAAUAUCGAUGGGGCGCAGCACUAUGUACGACGCGAGCAUGUCCGCUAGGUUGGCAAGCUUGAGUCAAGCCGCCAAUUUGAGGUUUGGAAAUCAAAAUGGCCGACCUAGCUAGUCUGGGAUUUGCAAUAGAUACAGGCUGAUUUUCUUUGGUAAUAAAGAUAAUCAAUUAAGUAUUAUCACUGAAGCAUUGAGCAUGCGA